CAUUUAUUUCAAUUUUUAGUUUACUAAUUAAAUUGCUCUAAUUUUUGUUAUCAAUUUUUAGCUUUAAUUAUAACAAUUUAUGAUUAGUCUGAUAGCCAUUGUAUUGAAGUACCACCUUCGUUACAACAUAAUUGUGAUUACAUCAAAAAGACGUUAAUUGGAUGACAUCGCUUAAAAUAGUCCAAUCAUCUCAAUUAACUAAUUAAUUUCUUUUAUUUAUUUUGAUGUUUACAUAUGAAAUCAUAGAUAUUAUCCUACCUGGUCCGGAAUACAGAAAUUACCAGCACUUCAAAGUGUUCCAACUACUCCGAAUAACAAAUAAGAGAUGAAAAUCGUUCGCAAAACGUGCAAAAGGACCUGAAAUCAUUCAUAAUCGUCUUCUUUAUAAUCAAUAUGGUUUAAUGGCUUUUAUUUGGUGGUCAUUUGUCCCAAUCAAACCUCUUCUACCAAGAUGAAAACCGAAUCGUUAAGAUGGGAGAUUAAUCAGUUUCCACUUCUGAAUUUUCUCUAUGUUGGAAAUGAAAUGUGUUUAAAUUAUGGAUAAAAACUUACGAGGAAUUAGAACUAAUUUAGUCCAUCUAAAGGGAUUAAUUUUGUCCAUCAGAUCAUCGACAAUUCAGUUUAAAGAACAUUCAAAUUUCUACAAAAAGAACAAAAAUUUUGCUUAUUUGUUCCAACAAGAGAUGGCCCUUCAUUCUGAUGUUUACUUUUUCAAGUCUAAAGUUUUUCGAUUGAUCAACUUUUUUAAAUUAACCAAUUUACUAAUAUUUAUACACUUAUUUUCAAUCGAUUGAUUGUUUAUCUAAGCUGAUUAACUCAGGUUUAUUCUGUUUACACUUGACUCUUUUCCCCAUCAUCAAAGUUUCUUACAACAUUUUUGAUUAAGAUGGAUAUUCCGGUUGACAGGAUUCCUCGAGAUCUACGUAAUCUUCGUGCUUGCCUUCUGUGUUCUCUGGUUAAAACAUUCGAACAGUUUGAAGUUGAUGGAUGUGAUAAUUGUGAAUUUGUUCUUGGUAUUCGAGGUAAUCGAGACAUGAUCUUCGACUGUACUUCAUCCAAUUUCGAUGGAAUCAUUGGUUUAACCCAACCAGAUGAAAGUUGGUCGGCUAAAUGGCUGCGAAUACCCAAUUUUAAGCCCGGAAUUUACGCCAUCAGUGUUUCUGGGAAAUUACCACCAACCAUUUAUAGGGAACUUAAAUCACGAAACAUUCCCUACAAGUCGAGAGAUCGAGCAGCCUAAAAGUACAAUAACCGAUAAUCGAUAAGUGAUGGUUUAAGAAGAGAAAAUGAUCUGCACCCUGAUUAUCAUCAAUAUCAUCGAUUUUUCCAGUGAUUUUUUUCUAUUUAAUCUUAAUGUAUUUAGAAUGUUUCAUCGACACUUUCAUCUUUAAUCUGCCAUCAUGCAAAAGAUGAUCAAGAAGAAGAACCAAAAAUCUGAUCUCAGUCACGAUCCUCAAAAGUCACGUCAAAAUAAUAGUAAAAAAAACUGAUUUUAAUUUAAUUCCUUGGGAGUAGAAAACACAAUCUAAGGUUAUCUGAUUUUCAUAUGUAAGUAAUUCACAUUUUGUCAACUAAAUCAUUUUCUUGUGUAACAAAAUCAUCCAAACAAACUGAAAACAAUCAUAAUAUCAUAUAAGUUAUACAAUAAAUCACUUUCCCAUUAACAACAGAACGAAAAGCAAAUUGUAAACAACUUACAAUUCUUAUUGAUAUAAUGUUAACCUUUAACCUUUUUCCUCCAAGAGAAUUUCAAUUCUGAUCUUUGAUUCGUAUUCUGAUUAGAACUGAGUUUUCAGAAUAUAUGAAUUUUAAUCAUUCAAGUUCUUUGUAUUAUUUUCUUUUUCUUUUGUAAUAUUAUUUAAUUUAUUUCUU